AUGACGGCGACGGAAAUCCUAACGUGGUCAGAAGGGAGACUGACCUGGUACGGGUGUGGACCAACGGUGUAUGACUCCCCACACAUUGGACAUGCUCGGUGGGUGAUUUGGCUAAUUGUCAGGACGUAUGUGUCCUUCGAUAUAAUUCGACGUAUUCUGCAGAAUUACUGCGGCAUAAAGGUGACCUACUGCAUGAACAUCACCGACAUUGACGACAAAAUAAUCAGACGGGCCAGACAACAUCAUUUGCUUAGUCAAUACGAACAGACGGCCUGCUCCAUCGAGGAAGUGAGGAAGGACAUUGCCCUCGCCUCUCGGUUGGUCACUCACUGUGCUGUCCCUCUGGCUGAGUACCUCGACGAACAGUACGGCCACACAGUCAACACUCUCUUCACAUCCCUCCCCCGAAAAUACGAGGAGGAGUUCUUUCAAAAGAUGGACUUGUUGGGGGUGGGACACGUUAGUAAUGUGAUGAGACCAGACGUCGUCCCCCGAGUCACCGAAUGUGUCCCCCAAAUAGUGGAAUAUAUCCAAAGGAUCAUCGCCCACGGAUUUGCGUAUGGCCAGGGCUUUAUUGGCAGGUAUGUCUCCGCGGGCUCAGUCUACUUUGACGUCCCGGCCUUCUCCCUCCACCACUCCUACGCCAGACUGGUCCCCGAGUCCGUCACUGACUUGAAAUCACUGGCAGAGGGGGAAGGCUCCCUCGCCACGUCCGGGGAAAAGAGGUCGGCACGGGACUUUGCUCUGUGGAAGGCAUCGAAGGAGGGGGAACCAUCGUGGGACUCCCCUUGGUCGAAGGUAGUUGUCCGUUUUAGCGUGGAGGGUCGUCCCGGGUGGCACAUUGAGUGUUCGGUGAUGGCCACGGCAGUUUUCGGGGCUCAGAUGGACAUCCACAGUGGAGGACAUGACCUCAAGUUCCCUCACCACGACAAUGAAAUGGCCCAGGCGGAGGUGUCCUUCCUUUUCGACGGUGCCUACUUCAAUGGGGGGCCGUGGGUUCGCUAUUUCCUUCACUCCGGGCACCUCACCAUCAAUGGCUGCAAAAUGUCCAAAUCUCUCAAAAACUUUAUAACCAUCGACGCUGCUCUCGCGGAGACCUCACCUCGAAGAUUGCGACUUCUUUUUCUCUUGCACGUGUGGAAUCAGCCCUUUGACUACUCCCCUGAUGCCCUCGCAGAAGCUGCCACUUAUGACAGACAAUUUUCUACUGGAACACACGCGGACGCUAGUCGACGAUGCAAUUUGCGGUAUAGUGGGAGUAAUAUGGCAGACAGUUUCAAUACUCGUCAGUGUCUCAACGAGCUGAAGGCCCUCAUUUCCGUCGCCAAUUCUGUCGUUCAGUCCACUAUUGGGUCGCCAACGGGGGUGGGGUCAGUUCGAAUGGUGGGGAAUUACAUCAUAUCGAUAUUGAAGGUGUGUUGUUCAGUGUGACGAUAGUUGUUUGGAGUCCUCGAUGUUGAUGAUUUAAAUGCCUUUUCU